AUGUCCACUUCACAUUCGCGGUCUUCCCUCGAUAGCAUCGAAGAGACCUCGCCACCAAUGGAGGCCAUACGAACCAACCAAGGCUCCAAAUCACAGAAAAGUCAAGAAACAAAAAAUGAACUUCAUCUCGUACAGAGCCAUCUAUCACACCAUGAUAUGCCCGUGACCACGGACGAGUUCCGCGAAGUGGAUGCCGAGCAAUACCUACGCUUCUCGCCAGCACGCAAAGCAGUCAUCGUCUUUGUGCUAUCCUUCUGUUCGUUCCUGGCUCCCAUUUCAUCAACGUCGAUUCUUUCUGGUAUUCCAGAAGUUGCAAAGACCUAUCAUACUACGGGUAGCGUCAUCAAUGCUAGCAAUGCUUUGUACUUGGCAUUUAUGGGGGUCUCCGCCCCGUUCUGGGGCCCAUUUAGUCAAGUGUGGGGACGACGUCCGAUUUUCCUUGCAAGCGCUUUCCUGUUCUUCGUAUUUAGUAUUGGCACUGCUUUGGCGCCAAACCUGCCGUCCUACUAUAUCUUCCGGGUUUUGACAGCCUUUCAAGGGACGUCAUUCCUGGUGGUAGGAAGCUCUGCCCUUGGAGAUAUUUAUGAGCCCCGAGCCCGUGCCACGGCAUUGGGAUGGUUCCUAUCCGGCACUCUCAUCGGCCCUGCUUUUGGUCCAUUCAUCGGUGGUGUCAUCGUCACAUUCCGCUCUUGGAGAGUAGUCUUUUGGCUACAAACUGCCCUCGGCGGCUGCGGCACACUGCUUGUCUUCUUUUUCUUCCCAGAGACAUACCCACACCUCAACAAGUCAGACCUAUCCUCUAAGACCCCGAUUCAAAAGGCAAAGUACCUAUGUCACCAAGUCAACCCAUUACGUGUUGGCAUCCUACUCUUCUCAUAUCCGAAUCUAUUUUUCGCGGGUCUGGCUGCUGGUGCACUGGUCUGGAACCAGUAUUCCCUACUCACUCCGAUUCGAUACGUGCUCAACCCACGUUUUCAUCUCACCAGCCCCAUUCAGUCGGGUCUAUUCUAUAUCGCCCCUGGGUGCGGGUAUCUAGUGGGAACCUUCAUGGGUGGGAGAUGGGCGGACCAUAUCGUGAAGAAAUGGAUCCGCAAACGUGGUGGUAUCCGUGUACCUGAGGACCGACUCAAGUCGUGUCUGAUCUUCAUCACAUUCGUUAUUCCGGGAUGUAUCCUCAUCUAUGGCUGGACAGUUGAAAAGGCUGUUGGUGGCAUUCCCGUCCCCGUGUUGGCUAUGUUCCUUCAGGGCGUGGGACAGCUCUUCUGCUUCCCGAGUUUGAAUACCUACUGUCUAGACGUGAUGCAGUCUAAAGGUCGAAGUGCCGAAGUUGUAGCAGGAAAUUACAUGUUCAGGUAUGUCUUCGCUGCACUCGGCUCUGGUACUGUUCUUCCUGCCGUGGAAGCUAUCGGCGUCGGGUGGUUUAGUACGAUUAGUGCGGUGUUCUUAAUCGUCUCCGGUCUUUGUGUCUGGGCUACUACUAUCUUCGGUGAUAAGUGGCGCAAUAAUGUUGAUGAGAGGAAUCAGCGCAAGGAGGAGAAAAAGUUACAGGACAAUCCUAGGGAACGGAAUGUUGGAAAGACUGCUGAAGUAUAA